UAAUCGACAGAUCCUUAGGUUGGUGAUAUCCGAAAGGCUCCUAAUGCGUUAUCUCCCACUGUCUCUGUCACCAUGCCUACCUCUCCACCUCCUGGACUGGGCAGUAACACCAGCACAGUGCCCUGGGAUCCCGGUGCACCCCUGUCACCCUCUCUGCUGAACAGCAUGGUGAAGAUGGUGCUCAUCUCGGUGAUCGUGUGCACCUCGCUUUUUGGAAACGUGGUGGUGCUGCUGGUAUUUCAGCGCAAGCCACAGCUACUCCAUGUCGCCAACCGCUUUGUGCUAAAUCUGCUUCUGGCCGACCUGCUGCAGACGGUGCUGGUCAUGCCCUUUGCCAUCGCCGCCACUGUGCCCGAGGUCUGGCCGCUGGAUGCCCGUCUGUGCCAGGCUCUUGUAGUGCUCAUGCACCUGUUUGCAUUUGCCGGUGUGAACACCAUCAUCGUGGUGUCCGUGGAUCGCUACCUUGCCAUCAUCCACCCGCUGUCAUACCCCACCCGCAUGACUCCCCAUCUGGGCACCAACCUGAUAGCUCUCACAUGGCUUCUCAGCCUGCUUCAGAGCACACCGCCGCUUUACGGAUGGGGAGCAAUUGAGUUUGACCGCCACCACAACACCUGCACAGUGGUGUGGUCCUCAAGCUAUUCCUAUUCAGCAGUGGUGUCUGCACUCUCAUUCUGGCUGCCUGUUGUGAUUAUGCUUUGCUGCUACUGGAUGGUAUUUAGGGCGGCGAGACGACAAAACGCUCUUGUACACCCCAUCCAGUCAAAUCCGCCACCAGAUUCCCAAGCGCCCUGUUCCAGUCCCCAAAGGCAUCAGCCCCAGCAAGUGGGGCCUUUCUCAGCAACCUAUCCGAUCAGGACACGCCACAGAUGCUUUCACUAUCACUGCAAGGCAGCGCGGGUGGUGUUUGUCAUAAUGGCAUCCUAUGUGCUCAGCAUGGGCCCGUACAGUGUUCUGAGCACGAUAUCCAUUUACUCCAGUGCAGCAGUGCCUCCCUGGCUGGCUUCGAUGGCUCUCAUUCUCUUCUUCCUGCAGUGCUGCUUGCACCCCUACAUCUACGGCUACAUGCACCGCAGUGUACGUAAGGAGUUCCUGGCCCUGCUUUGUGGGCCUUUGUGCGGACAGGGCCGUAUUAGUCAAGGCUCCGCUGUGGACAGCUGCUUCACAGUGACAGAUGGACGCAUGGCACAUACCCAUCUGUCAAGCCAGGUGGCCCGUGUGUGCCCUCUUCGCACCUGGGAGGAAGGGACUACCUCCUCUGCGCCUACAGAGAGGAGGUAUAAAGACAGCCAUAAGGAGACCACCUCCAUCAGUCUGAGCUCAGAAAGGGAGCUCACUGUGCACAGCAACAAUCAACCAUGA